CUUGAGGAAUAUCCGAAUGUAGAUGUUUUGUGUAUUUCAGAUUACUAUAUUGCGAUGAAGAGUUUUGAUGUGUGUCUAAAUAUUUAUGAACUAUGAUGUUGGUUACUGAUUUUUGCCUGCCUUCCUGAUUCCAUCUUCAUCCAGUGUCUCAUCAAAACUUAGCCAUGACAUCAACGUAUCGAUCGCGAUUCGCUUGCAAAUCAAGGGCAACUAAAAUUCGCUCUUAAUUCCUGCUUGUGUGUUUAUGUAUGUAUGUAUCUGUGUGGCAGUUUUAAGCGUUUUAAUCCAGAAUGUUGGAAGUGUUCUCGGGGAUCCUGCACUUGCUCAAGUUCCGCAAGGCUCGAGCGGACUCCGUCAUCUUCCGCCUUCACUACACCUUCACCGUGUGUCUCUUGGUUGGGGCCAGUGUCCUCAUUUCCUCGUCUCAGUACGUGGGGAAACCCAUACACUGCGCAUACAACAAGAAUCUAUUCCCUGAGGCCUAUGUAGAGAGCUUUUGCUGGGUGAAUUCGACUUACUAUCAUCCGCACGACGUGCAGCCGGAUCCCUUGCAGGCUGCCCCGCAUGUCCGCCCCGGGGCAGAUAAUGUGGUGCACGUUAAAUACUACCAAUGGGUCGCCAUGGUUUUAUUGUUUCAGGCGAUUCUCUUCUACAUUCCCCGUUGGUUGUGGAAGGGUUUCGAAGGUGGGCUCCUGGAAAGGCUCUUGAUCACAAGUGAUGCCAGAAACGAACGCUCUUCGGUAACGCGUAUUUCGAGCUACUUGUGCCAAAAUUCGAGCAAGAAUGAUUGGUAUAUGUACCGCUACUUCGCUUGCGAACUUGUCGCUCUUCUCAACAUCCUCGCGCAGUUAUUCCUCUUGGACUGGUUUUUCGGGGGUCUUUUCAUGGACUACGGUGUCCGCGUGCUGGAGUUUCUCGAGUCCGAGGGCAACCACGUGCCAAAUCCCAUGUGGCGCGUGUUUCCUCGCGUCACCAAGUGCACCUUGCAAGCAUUCGCAUUCAAUGGCAACCUAGACGUCAUUGAAGCCCUUUGCGUGCUUCCGCUCAACGUUGUCAACGAGAAGAUUUUCCUGGUCCAGUGGUUCUGGUUCUUGCUUCUCGGGGGAAUGACGCUGAUUCUGGUGUUUUAUCGCUUGAUGAUCUUCCUCAGUCCACGAUUGCACCAAAGCAUGUUCAGAAAUCAGUUGAAAUUCGUGGACAAGAAGCUGUUGGACCGCAUUUUUCUCAAGACGUCUCGCGGCGAUUGGUUUCUGCUGUACACAAUGUCAUACUACAUGGAUUUUGGGAAACUGGCCGACGUUUUGUACGACAUGGACAGACGAAUGCGAAUUGGCGAAGAAGCCGCUGUUCAUCACUUCAUUAAUCACCCAACUCCGAUCCCCAGUGAAUAUCGAUCGCCGACCCCCGAUCCCAACAACAAAGCUUGAUUUGACAGUUCCAUGAAAACGAAACAGCAUCAGGAGUGGAAAAGAAAAAAAAAACAUCGUUUGCUUUGACAAAACUUACAAAGUUUUUGCGAUUCUUAUAAUGACUUGGCUACGUUGCCAAUCGAAAUUAUCUGUGGUUAGGUUCCAUAUUUGUGUUCCUACUCUCUUAUUCCGUGUACGUGCAUAUGUAUAUGUAUAUUUUUGCGAAUUAUUCGAAUGGCAUUGCUGCUUUUUUCUUCAUUUUAAAUUUAGAUUCCUGAGACUAUAGCAUCCGGAUCUCGUGUUCUUUUUGAGAUGCCUCAGGCAAUGGUUAUUCUCAGACGGUUACGGCAUGAAUGUUGUGCCAGAUGUGCAGGAAUAAUUCGAGAUUGGUCGAAUAAAAUUCGCGUUCCUUUCUGAGAUA